GGCAGCGUCGGUCAAAGCUUCAGGUUCGGGUGCUCUGACGGUUCCCGGGAGAAGCUGCGGCGUCGAGAUGGCAGUGGCGUUCAGGCGAAGCUGCGGGGUCCUGAGAAAUAUUUCUCGUCUUGACUGGAGACUGCAGCACACAAAAGCUGCUGUAAAACAUGAACCAGGAUUGGGAUUUAGUUUUGAAUUCACUGAACAACAGAAAGAAUUUCAAGCUACUGCUCGGAAAUUUGCCAGGGAGGAAAUAAUUCCAGUUGCUCCACAAUAUGACAAAUCUGGGGAGUAUCCUGUCCCCCUAAUUAAAAGAGCCUGGGAACUUGGCUUAAUGAAUACACACAUUCCAGAGAGCUGUGGAGGUCUUGGACUUGGAACUUUUGACGCAUGUUUAAUUACUGAAGAAUUGGCUUAUGGAUGUACUGGGGUUCAGACUGCUAUUGAAGCAAAUUCUUUAGGGCAAAUGCCUGUUAUUAUUGCUGGAAAUGAUCAACAAAAGAAGAAGUAUUUAGGAAGGAUGACUGAGGCACCAUUGAUGUGUGCCUACUGUGUUACGGAACCUGGGGCAGGCUCUGAUGUAGCUGGUAUAAAGACCACAGCAACAAAAAAAGGAGAUGAGUAUAUUAUUAAUGGUCAGAAGAUGUGGAUAACCAAUGGAGGAAAAGCCAACUGGUACUUUUUAUUGGCUCGUUCUGAGCCGGAUCCUAAAAUGCCUGCCAGUAAAGCUUUUACUGGAUUUAUUGUGGAAGCAGAUACCCCAGGAAUACAGAUUGGAAGAAAGGAAUUAAAUAUGGGCCAGCGAUGUUCAGACACAAGAGGAAUUGUAUUUGAAGAUGUGAGGGUGCCUAAAGAAAAUGUUUUAAUUGGUGAGGGAGCUGGUUUCAAAAUUGCAAUGGGAGCUUUUGAUAAAACCAGACCUCCGGUUGCAGCUGGUGCAGUGGGACUUGGACAGAGAGCUUUGGAUGAAGCCACCAAGUAUGCCCUGGACAGGAAAACUUUUGGAAAGCUGCUUGUAGAGCACCAAGGGGUAUCAUUUUUGCUGGCUGAAAUGGCAAUGAAAGUUGAAAUAGCUAGAUUAGCUUACCAGAGAGCUGCUUGGGAAGUUGAUGCUGGUCGUCGAAAUACCUAUUAUGCCUCUAUUGCAAAAGCAUAUGCUGGAGAUAUUGCAAAUCAGUUAGCGACUGAUGCCGUGCAGAUUUUCGGAGGCAAUGGAUUUAAUACAGAGUAUCCUGUAGAAAAACUAAUGAGAGAUGCCAAGAUCUAUCAGAUUUAUGAAGGUACAGCACAAAUUCAAAGGCUUAUUAUAGCCCGUGAACACAUUGGCAAGUUUAAAAAUUAACAACGUGCUUAUAGAAAGUAUGAGUCAUUGUUAGGAAUGUGACCUUCUAUUUAAGCUCCAGGGAAAAAAAGGGCUUUAAAUUAUUUUCCAUUAAAAUUUUUUAAAUAAGUACUGUCACACUAAACCUAUGCAAUUGAUUCUAGUAGUACUUUUCUAUUUUUAACAUUAUCACUUGCCUUUUGUCAGAUAGAUUUGAUUUCAUUAAAUUGAUUUCUCCUUAGCUUUUUUGUAUUUGACUUACAUUAACCUAGAAAAAUAUGUUUUGUUAUUUUUACUUCUUUUUAACAGAAAUUCUUCAUAAUUUCAGUACUUUCCAAUGAUCAAAAAUUGGUCUUUUAAAAUAGUUUUCAGAAUAUUCAAAAAUUUACAUUAGGGAAAUGGAAUUUGGGUGCAUAAAAUGACUUUGUAGACUUAUUAAUAUUGUAUUAAAGAUUAUUUCCCUACAUUUUGGAAGACACUUGUUUCUAAUUUUACAAUAAAAUGGUCCACAAUGUGA